CACAGUUUUGGUAUGUAACCUAGCACACACAGCCAUAAAAGCCCAUCUUUGGCCCAGCCUUCACACUGUUGGUCAUGAUGAGGGGGCUGCUCGUGUUCGCGGCGCUGUUUGUGGCCGUUCUUGGCAAAGAGACAUUUGAGGGGCACAAAGUGCUUCGAAUUGUUCCAAAGGAUGAAGCCCAGCUGUCUCUUAUGAAGGAUCUGGAAGACAUGAUGGAGUUGGAUUUUUGGAGGGGGGUGACUACUGUAUCUACUCCUGUGGAUGUCAGAGUUCCCUUCCACAACCUGCCAGCAGUCGAAAUUUACCUGGAGACACAGGGCAUUGAGUACACCACCAUGAUUGAUAACCUGCAGGUGAUGCUGGAUAAAGAGCAGGAGGAGAUGAAGUCUGCUGCUCGUGCUCCUCAGCCCAGAAACACUGACGGCUUUGACUUCGCUGCAUACCACAGCCUUGAUGAAAUCCACAGCUUCCAGGACAUGCUGGUGGCUGAGAAUCCCAACUUGGUCAGCAAGAUAGUGAUCGGUCAGAGCUACGAGGGCCGUCCUCUGAAUGUGCUCAAGUUCAGCACUGGUGGAACCAACCGACCUGCCAUCUGGAUCGAUACUGGGAUCCACUCCAGAGAGUGGGUCACCCAGGCCAGCGGCACGUGGUUCGCUAAGAAGAUUGUGACUGAUUAUGGAACUGAUCCUGCUCUCACCGCCAUCCUCAAUAAGAUGGACAUCUUCCUGGAGAUUGUGACCAACCCUGAUGGAUACUAUUAUACCCUCACUAGUAACCGUAUGUGGCGUAAGACCAGGAAGCCCAACCCUGGUUCUGCUUGUGCAGGAGUUGAUCCUAACAGGAACUGGGAUGCUGCUUUUGGAGACGCCGGUGCCAGCAGCAACCCCUGCUCAGAGACCUACCAUGGACCCAGGCCUCACUCUGAGUCUGAGGUCAAGUCUAUUGUGGACUUUGUGACAUCUCAUGGCAACAUCAAGGCCUUCUUCUCCAUCCAUUCCUACUCUCAGAUGCUGUUGUAUCCCUAUGGCUACACAAGUACUCCUGCCAAGGACCAGGAAGAAUUGCACAAGGUGGCUCAAAAGGCCAUCACUGAACUAGCCUCCCUGUACGGUACUCGCUACAGAUAUGGCAGCAUCAUCAGUACCAUCUACCAAGCCAGCGGUAGCACCAUUGAUUGGACCUACGACCAGGGCAUCAAGUACUCCUACACCUUUGAACUGAGGGACACUGGCUACUAUGGCUUCCUCCUCCCUGCCAAUCAGAUCAUCCCCACCGCUCAGGAGACUUGGCUGGCGCUGAUGUCCAUGAUGGAUCACACCUUCAAGAACCCAUACUGGUCUGUGUGUGUGUGUGUGUGAAAGUGGAAAUCCUACAGCUGGAGACUGUUCAAACAAACAAGACAAAAAAAAAACAAUCAAAAA